AUGAUAUUUUCAUCGCGCAAAAGAUCCAAUGUUAGGAUCCUGGAAAGCUGCAGGUGGCUGGUCUUGGGAUAUUUGGUUAUGGGGAUGGGGGUGGAAGGUGUUUGGGGGAAAAUCACCUUGGAGAGUGUGAGGGGGAUUACGGGGGUUACGAGGGAGGGGAGGGAGAGGGUGGGGUGGGGUGAGGGGGGUGGUGGUGGUGGUGUUGGGAAUGGAAAGGGGCUGGAGAUGAGGAUGGGGAUGGGGAUUUAUGGGAGAAGGAGAGGCGGAGAGGGAUGGAGAGAAGGAAAAGGGGAGGGGGAGGGAGAACAGGUGAUUAUGGGGACUGGGAAUGCGGGUGGAGAUCGAGAUGAGAUUGAGAAUACGGUAACAGCCGCUCUGCAUAUGCUCUGCUCGGAUCUAUUGGUUGAGUUGGAGAAACCUCUUUUGGUUUCUUCUUCUUCUUCCUCCUUUUCCUCUCCAUUUGUGUCUUUCGGGGAUACGAAGGGAGAAGUAAAUUGUACACAGGUGAAAACAGAUUUUGAUGAUUUACUGAGGGAAACAACGUGGUUUUUGUAUCAGGUGCAGGAACGUCAGAUGGUGUGGAGGUGGGCGAGAGGGAGCGCGGUUCAGGAGGGGGUGGUGUGGUUGCAGGGGCUGUGGGCUAGUAGGAGGAGUAAUUCACAAGAUAGGAGCUUCAUUGAACAGCAAUUGGAGUUGUAUAAGAGUACGGAAUGUUUUGAGAAGGUGAAUGAUGAGGUUUUGAGGAAGGAUAUUGAGGUUGUGGAGUACUUGAAUGAUUUGAUUGAGAUGUUUCCCUAAUGGUGAAGGGGUUUAGAGGUGGAGGUGGAGGCAGAGGAGAGGCAAGAGAUGGAUGAUGACGAGGUGAUCAGGUUUGGUAUUGGUGGGAUAGAAGGGUGCGGGGAGUACAUUUAUCAAAAGGGGAUGUAAGAUUGUUUAAGGGGACAAUGAAUUGGGAAGUGGAUGGGGAGUCAAUCGAGGAGGUGUUCAACAAUGACGAAAAUUGAGCAUGGCAACGAGCAUGGAGGAUACAUGAUAUCGGAUUGUCAAUAAAUUGAAGUGUGUUAUUUUUGUAUGAGCAGUACACAUAUCAUUCAGCCAUGAGCAGGAGUACAUUAGAGGAUCAGCAUUGGGAUAGAAUGACACUUUCUUACACUUUGUCUUCAACUUCCCAUGCUUGCAGGAAUUCUACUAUUCGAGAAUGUAACCCGAAGUAGAGGAACCCCAAGGAUAUUUCCCCAGAGAGUUUGAAGCAUCAUUAUACAUACUCUAUAUGCACUCUCCAGCGACGCUCCCUUCCACAGCCCCACUCAAUCCACU